UUUAGGAUCUAAAGGGGGUUGAGUGACCCGGGACACUUCUGCAGCAAGGAACAGGGGACCGGAGCAACAGGCACCGUAUUUUCCUCAGUGCGUGGAGACAUUUGUCCAGGCUGGGGCAGGAGAGGCCUCGAGGUCUCUGUAAGAUCCCACCCAGGGGCUUAAUCUUCCUGCACCUUCAGAGAGGGCAACAUGGCUAUAUUCCUCCCGCUGCUGCUGGGCCUCAGCCUGGGCUGUGUGGGAGCAGGGGGCUUUGUGGCCCACGUGGAGAGCACAUGCCUGCUGGAUGACGAUGGGAACCCACAAGACUUCACGUACUGUAUCUCCUUCAACAAAGAUCUGCUGGCCUGCUGGGAUCCAGAGCAAGGAAAAAUAGCCCCCUGUGAAUUUGGGGUGCUCUAUAAGUUGGCUGAAUUCAUCUCAAAUUACCUCAACAAAGAUGAACAGCUACUCCAGCGCUUGGGCAAAGGGCUUCAGGACUGUGCCGCGCACACCAGGCCCUUCUGGAAUGCACUGACUCACAGAACAAGACCGCCAUCUGUUCAAGUAGCCCAGACUGCUCCGGUUAACACGAGGGAGCCCGUGAUGCUGGCCUGCUAUGUGUGGGGCUUCUAUCCAGCGGACGUGAGCAUCAUGUGGAUGAAAAACGGGCACCUUGUCAUGCCUCACAACAACAGAGAGAGGAUUGCCCAGACCAACGGAGACUGGACAUACCAGACUGUCUCCUACCUAGCCUUAACCCCCUCCUACGGGGACAUCUACACCUGUGUGGUACAGCACGAAGGGACCUCCGAGCCAGUCCAUCAGGACUGGACGGUCGGGCUGUCCCCCAUCCAGACGGUGAAGGUUUCUGUGUCUGCAACCGCCCUGGGCCUGGGCUUCAUCAUCUUCUGUCUUGGUUUCUACAGCUGGCGGAAGUCUCGCUUCUCCAGCUACAUUCCUCUCCCUGGAUCCACUUACCCAGAAGGACGGCACUAGAGGACAGAAUCCCACACAGAGAAGGAGAUUCAAGAAUCUUGAGGAUGCCUCCAUGGGUUCCAACGUCUUCAGGACACCCCGCUUUUUUACGUCAUAAUUUCCUCUACUUGGUUCCCCGUCCCCGUGUAAAUAUUAGCAGCCUGGAGGUGUUCAUAAUCCAGUCGCUGUCCCGGGCAGCCUGGAGGUGUUUCAUAAUCUAGUCGCUGUCCCAGGCUCUUUCUGAGGCGAGGUGAUCUGAGGAGGGGUCAGGACCCUCUGGAAGAGGGGCUUCAAGGCCCUCCAGAAGGCCCCACCCCAUGACAGAUGGCAAUAUGUUGUAAGUGACCAUGCCUAAGAAAUAAACUGCUGG